GACGACCCUUUCAUGACGAAAGCAACAUUUCAAGAAGACCCUUUUUGCAAAAAUCCAAUCAUGGAGUUUUUCUAGUUACUAUAUAUCUUACACACACAUUCAUACUAUACCUACCUAUUAUAUAAUAGAGAGAGAAAGAAGAAGAGAAACACAGGAGAGACACGAUCAAGAGCGUGUGCCUGUGAAUAUGGGUAGACCACCUUGUUGCGGGAAGAUGGAGGUGAAGAAAGGACCAUGGACUCCUGAAGAAGAUAUAAUCUUGGUCUCUUAUAUCCAACAACAUGGCCCUGGAAACUGGAGAUCUGUUCCUUUAAACACCGGUUUGCUAAGGUGUAGCAAGAGUUGUAGACUUAGAUGGACUAAUUACCUUCGUCCUGGAAUUAAACGAGGAAAUUUUACUCAGCCUGAGGAGAAAACGAUCAUCCGCCUCCAAGCUCUUUUGGGGAAUAGAUGGGCAGCCAUAGCAUCAUAUCUACCACAGAGAACCGACAAUGAUAUCAAGAACUAUUGGAACAUUCAUCUUAAAAAGAAACUCGAGUUGAAGGUUCAAAAUGGUAUCACCAACGAAGAUAACACCGAUAUGACAGAGAUUCCCUCUUGUAAUAUUCACAACAAUAGCUGUAAUAACAACAACAACAACAAAAGAGUCGUCAACAAAGGUCAAUGGGAGAAAAAGCUUCAAACAGACAUAAACAUGGCCAAACAAGCCUUACUCCAAGCAUUAUCACUUGACCAACCAUCUUCAUCGAUCCCUCCAGAUCCCGACUCAUCAAAAAGUCAUCAUUCUGCCACCUCUACUUAUGCCUCAAGCACGGAUAACAUAUUUAAGUUACUACAGAACUGGACAAGCUCAUCUUCUUCAAUCCCUAACACUUCAUCACACUCCAUGAACCGGGGCUUAACCACCGGUGAAGUAGGAGUUCUUGAUCAUCAGUCUUUGUUCUCAUCGCACUCAGAAUCUGGAUCAGUUGAUGGUAAGUUGAAUUUGAUGACGGAGACAAGUAUGUUCAAAGAUGGAAGCGAACCAAACGGUGACAUUGAAGCAACUACCGAUGCUGCUACUGAUGAUCAUGGCUCCUUGUCUUUGAUCGAGCAAUGGUUAUUUGAUGAACAAGGUAUAUGUCAGUGUGAUGACAAUCAAGAAGAUCUGAUUGAGGUUUCUUUUGAAGGUAUAGAUAAUGAUAACAACGAUCAAGAUUUGUUCUAAGAACAAAAAAAAAUGUACCAACUCCAAAAUGAGGUUGCACUUUGUACCCACUUCGAACCUUGUCUGGGGGGGGGCGGGGAGGAAGGGUGGAGAUUUAUGUAUCAUAGGUUUACUGUCUUUUUAUUUAGCUGGAUUUUAUUUUACCGUGUGGCUUGCUUGCUUGUUUUUUGUUUUCUGAACAUUGUGUGGCUUGCUUGUUGUCAAGUAGAUGAAGAUAAAAUUGUGAACUGUGUUCUACUUCUAUAUGUGCAGUUAAAAUCUACUGCAAUAAACUGAGCUCUUCUAUAUUUAUAUUUAUAUUUUUAAA